GCCCCCACCCCACCCCCCCGGUCUGACGCGGUCAACCUCCGGGCGGCAGCAUCGCGUUCGCCCUGAGAUUUUCACCGCUGUUCCGUGCAUCUGCGUCUGCGAGGCCCUGCUGUCGACCACAGAGGACUCCCACCUCUGGAUUUGUCUUAAAACAUUUACGACAAUGCCCACAAUAAAACUACAGAGCUCGGAUGGGGAGAUUUUUGAGGUGGACGUGGAGAUAGCAAAACAGUCUGUCACCAUCAAAACCAUGUUAGAAGAUUUGGGAAUGGAUGAUGAAGGAGAUGAUGACCCAGUUCCUCUUCCCAAUGUAAAUGCAGCCAUCCUGAAGAAGGUUAUUCAGUGGUGCACUCAUCACAAAGAUGACCCUCCUCCUCCUGAGGAUGAUGAGAACAAGGAGAAGAGGACAGAUGACAUUCCUGUUUGGGAUCAGGAGUUUCUCAAAGUGGACCAAGGCACCUUGUUUGAACUUAUUCUGGCCGCCAACUACUUGGACAUCAAAGGCCUGUUAGACGUCACCUGCAAGACUGUGGCCAACAUGAUCAAAGGCAAAACCCCGGAGGAGAUCAGGAAGACGUUCAACAUCAAAAAUGAUUUCACAGAGGAAGAGGAAGCCCAGGUACGCAAAGAGAACCAGUGGUGUGAAGAGAAGUAAAGAUCCUGUCAACACCACCACACAGAGGAUUGUCCCCGCUAACCGGUUGCACUGGCGUUGUUCAUACUUGUUAAUAUUUACAUUUAGUAUAUUUAGAGCCACAUAGCCCCUGCCCCGGUUUCCCCAUCUCCCAGUUACUGUGUACCAUUAGCAUGAGCUUUUUAACUUGCCUGAGUGAUGUUAAUUUAAAUAAAGAAGCUCCUUUCUGUUUCCACAAAUUUAUGUUGUGUAUUCUUAUAGAAUAAAUAGACCUGGAUUCAUGGUUUUGUUCCCUGAAUAACGAUGACUGUCCUUUGCUUUCAUACCCUACUCUUACUGACCGCUGUGGUUGUCUUUUUGUACUGGACAAAUUUGUUUUUCUUUAGGUUAACUGAUAUGUUUUUUGGGGAAAUUGCAAGAGUGAAUUUUUAGUUUUUUGCUCUAACUGCAUCCGGUCUGUGAAAACUUUUUAGGAGAGGAAAAAAGUGAAGUUUUGGAGUCAAAAGCAGUUUUAUUUUUGCAAAAGUUGUCUGUUGGACUAGAAGUACUUGUGUUGUCACAGCGUUGGAAAGCUCACUCCUAAUUCAUGUUGUAUUGAAAUGGAAAGUACUCAGACAAACUCUUGGCUUUUUGGGGAUGCUGGAACGUAUACUGAAGGAGUAAAUAAAACACGUAAAAGAA